GCUUUUGUCGCUUCGGAGACAGCCCCAAGAUUUUCUGUACGAGAUUCAUAUAUAAGCUAUGGUGAAAAUUGGAGUCUACAUCAAGGCCGAACUCGAGAACGUUACCGAUCUUCAACCUGUUCCGGAUUUUGAAUGGCACUUCAAGAUUGAAUGCAGCAGCUGCCACGAGACAGAUGAGAACUGGAUUACCAUGAAUGCCCAGGACGAGUUUGACGUGAGUGGAUCCAAGGCAACUGCCAACCUCGUGAUGAAGUGCAAAUUCUGCCGAAGAGAAGCGUCAGCUUCUUUCAGUGGACCUUUCGGCUCAUACGAAAUUGAGCAAGUCAACAAGUUUGUCAAGAUGGCCGUUUUGGACUGCAGAGGCUUAGAGCCUGUUGGAUUCGAUCCCAGGGCUGGUUGGACUGCAUUGGGAGCCGAGUCAGGAACCAAGUUUGAUGAUAUCGAUCUCACUGAAGGUGACUGGGCCGAUUAUGAUGAAAAGGCUGGUGAGCCAGUGGGCAUCUCAAACAUUGAAAGCAACUUCCGCAAAGAAAAAUAAUGCAAUGUCACUGGG